AUGCCAACCGUCAAGAGCAAGAAGAAGAAGCUGAAGAAGGAGGUCAGCGUGGGAGAGGAGCAAGGAGAAGGUACGAGUCCAACAUCCAGACUCUGGUCUGACUGUAAACCAGGGGAGAGGAUGUUUUCUGGGUUUUGGUUCAGUCAGUGGAUCUCCUGAUAUCCAGGUCAAGACUUCCCUAUCUUUGUAGACCAUCUCUUCAUGUCCAGUCUUUAAACCCAAGACCAAUCAUAGUUCAGGUGGUUGGGACCCUGAACUGGACUCUAGGUUGGCACAUAACUUCAUCUGUGCUGAUCUGCAGAGUUCUGGUUCUGGAGAUACAAAAACUUCAGAGUCCAUCGUUGUUUGAUUGUCGCCCGGUCCCAGUGUUGUAUUUCAGGGAGCUGUUGAGUCAUCAGGGUCUCGGGUCAUCAGCUGAAAACUAGAGCUUCCUGUGAUUCCAGCAGAUCCCAAGACCCCUGAGACUUGUGGUCCCGGUCUUCCCACCUUCCUACCUUCAGGCCAAUGAGAAACCUGAGGUGUGGUGGUGCUGGAGCUCGCAUUAAUCCAGGUCUUCAGAAACAGAAAGGUGUUGGCAGGAGGACCAACAAGGUUAGCAUCUAACUUUGACACGAACAUCUUCCAGAGUUUUGGUCUGGACUUCUGUUGAAGCCAGAAAUGACCUGCAUGGAUAAAACCGGAUGUCAAGGUCAAGACCCCCAAAAUGAAGCCCAACCAGUGACCCCCAACAGACGCCCAGAUCAGGUUUUAGAGAAUGAUUUCUGAGUUCUGUGUUCUGGUUUUCCAGCAGAGUCAAAGGUUUGGUUUGGUGAUGACAGCAGAUGAUCUUCUCUCCUUCUCUGUUUACUUCUGCUCUCCUUCAGUGGCUCUGGACAUGGAGAUGGAGGAGAUGACCAAUAAGAGUCAAUCUGACAGCAGGGAACCUUUGACCCCCGAGCCGCUGGAUCCGGCACCACAGAAGAAGAAGAAAAAGAAGAGAGCUGCUACCAUUGGUGGGUGAGCUGCAUGAGCUUUGAUUGAGUGAACCUGAGAUUAGAGUUUGUUUUUGGAAGAUCAGAUGAUGUUCCUCAGAGAAGAGGUUCGAUCAGGAGAAAUGGUUCACUCAAACUCUUCAUGUUGUAGCUCCGACAGUGUAACGGGUAUUGACUGGACCCAAUUGCAGCACAAACAAGCAGGUUCACUUUAACAACAGUCUUUAUUGAACACCAAAUCCAAUGAAGCAGCAGAGUAUAGCAGGUGGGUAUGGCAGGAUUCGAACUCGGGUCUUCCGGGUGAUAGGCGAGCAGAUUAGCAGUGGACCACAGGUCAGGCAAGAGUUUUGGACUCGUGAGCAGGGAAUUGUCCACAGUCUUAAUUUGCUCCACGAGUGUAGUGAAGGGGAAAACGCUCAACUCACAGCUGGAGGAAGAUUUCUUGGAGAGUGGUUCAGGUGAGGACUGGGUGAGGAUCCAGAGCUUGCAGAGGAGCUGGCAGAACCAACGUCGGCAGAGGAGGUGAGUUGGCGAGGUGAAGCUGACGAGAAGGGGGAUCUCAACAGAGCAGGAACAGGCUGAGUGCCAUUCAGCCGCAGGCAGACGAAUAGCAGGAAACAGGCAGGCAAAGCUCGUAGUCAAGGACAGAAGGCAGGUAGGUUUACCGGGGCUGAGGCGAGAAGCAAAGGUCAGGGGCAGAUCAGGUCGAUACCAGGUAAGCAGUCCGGGAAUUAACGCUGGAGAGUCAGGCAUGAGAGCGAAGACAAUCUGGCAAAGAGUGAGGGGAAAGAAGCUGCAUAUAUACUGGCCUGAUUGGAGAUGAUGAGCAGGUGAGAGCAGCAGGUGGAAGCAGUUAGCUGAUGAGGGGUGUGGCUGAGCAGCAGAGCAGGAGAGGGGCAGAGCAGACUGUUACAGAACCCCCCCCCCCUCAAGGGAUGGCUCCCGACAUCCCCAAAGGUUAAACUGGGGGGGGGGCAGGGGGGAAUGGAGGUGGGCCUAAAACUCCUGGGAGCAAGACCUUUUCAUCUCUUCAGCAGGGUGGGUGGAGGGGGUCUGGAGGAGGGUUUCUCUGACACCUGACAUCUCCCCCGCAGAACGGUCCUCCACAUCCUGGACAGGUGGGGGCAAGGAGCGGGUUCCUCGACGAGCUGACUCAUUGGCUGGCUGGUCAGGAUGUUGCCGAUGAAAGUUGGCCACGAGGUUGGGGUCCAAAAUGUGGCGAGCAGGAACCCAAGAUCUCUCCUUAGGACCGUAACCCUCCCAGUCCACAAGGUACUGGAGACCCCUACCCCGCCGUCGCGAACGAAUUAGGCGGCGCACUACAUACACCGGACCACCGUCAACCAUUCGUGGAGGGGGAGGUAGUGGUGCCGCAGGGACCAAGGGGCUGUUGUGGACUGGCUUAACCUUGGAGACAUGGAAGGUAGGGUGUACUCUCAUGGACCGUGGGAGUUUCAACCGGACUGUCACAGGGUUGAUGACCCUCUGAAUGGUGAAAGGCCCAAUGAACCUUGGAGCCAUCUUUUUGGAUUCCACCCGGAGAGGUAAGUCUUGGGUAGAGAGCCACACCUGCUGACCCGCUUGGUAGGUAGGUGCAGCAGUACGGCGGCGGUUGGCAUUGGCAGCGUACCGACUCACGGAACGGAGGAGGGUGGAGCGAGCCUGGAGCCAUGUUCUGCGGCAGCGACGGAUGAAGGCUUGGACUGACGGACAGGAGACCUCCUUCUCCUGGGCUGGAAAAAGUGGUGGUUGAUAGCCGUAAGCACACUGGAAUGGAGAAAGGCCAAUAGAAGAGCAGAUGAGGGAGUUGUGGGCAUAUUCCACCCACAAAAGUUGUGACGCCCAAGAAGAGGGGUUAUGGGAAGCCACGCACCGCAGGGCUGUUUCCAGUUCUUGAUUCAUACGCUCAGUCUGUCCAUUGGUCUGAGGAUGGAAUCCAGAGGACAGACUGGCGGUAGCACCCAGUAGACUGCAGAACUCCCUCCAAAACACGGAAGAAAACUGGGGACCACGGUCUGACACCACAUCAACAGGGAGACCAUGAAGACGGAAAACAUGGAGCAGAACCAACUGGGCAGUCUCUUUAGCAGUGGGAAGCUUGGGCAGAGGCACGAAGUGGACCAUCUUGCUGAAGCGGUCCACGAUGGUCAGGAUGACAGUGUGACCAUCAGAGGUGGGAAGACCGGUUACAAAGUCCAAAGAUAUGUGAGACCAUGGGCAGUGAGGAACAGGAAGAGGUUGUAGUAGCCCAGCAGGAGGCCGACGGGAGGUCUUAUGUUGGAUGCAGGUUGGACAGGCCUUGACGAAUUCCCGGAUGUCCUCUUGCAUAGUGGGCCACCAGAAACGUCGGAGGAGGGCAUGCUGUGUCCGUUGAAUCCCAGGGUGGCGGGAGAGCUUGGAGGAGUGGGCCCAUUGUAACACCUCUGACCUCAAGGCUGGUGGAACAAAGAGGCAGUUAGACGGGCAGGAACUGGGGCCCGGCUGUCCUUCUGUGGCUGCCCUCACCUUCUCCUCAAUGUCCCAGGUCAACAUGGCUACAAGACAGGAAGUAGGUAGGAUGGUCUCAGCUCCAACAACCGAAUCCUCUGUCCUCUGGAACUGUCGGGACAGGGCGUCAGGCUUGACAUUGCGGGAACCAGGACGGUAAGAGAGGGUGAAGUUGAAACGGGCGAAGAACAGGGACCAGCGGGCCUGGCGAGAGUUCAGUCUUUUUGCAGAGCGUAUGUACUCCAGAUUCUUGUGGUCAGUCCAUACAAGAAAAGGUUCCUUCGUGCCCUCCAACCAAUGGCGCCACUCUUCUAAGGCCAUCUUUACUGCCAAGAGUUCCCUGUUACCAAUGUCAUAGUUUCUUUCUGCCGAGGAUAGACGGCGGGAGAAGAAGGCACAGGGAUGGAGCUUCUGGUCAGUGCAUGAGCGUUGAGACAAGACGGCCCCCACCCCAACAUCAGAGGCAUCUACCUCGACCACAAACUGGCGUUCAGAGUCAGGCAUCAGGAGGAUGGGCGAUGAGGUGAACCGAUCCUUGAGGAACUGGAAGGCCGCUGCAGCUGCAGAAGACCACUGGAAGGGCACCUUGGGGGAGGUCAGAAUGGUGAGAGGGGCUGCAACUGAGCUGUAGUUGCGGAUGAAGCGACGGUAGAAAUUGGCGAACCCAAGGAAGCGCUGAAGCUGCUUGCGGUUCUCCGGAACAGGCCAGGAGGUAACAGCUGAGACCUUGGCUGGGUCCAUCUGGAUGCUGCCUUGUGCCACAAUGUACCCCAGAAAAGAUGCUGAAGGAACAUGGAACUCGCACUUUUCUGCUUUAACAUAAAGGGAGUUCUCCAAGAGGCGCUGAAGGACGGACUGGACAUGAUGAAUGUGUUGCUCCUUGGACCGGGAGAAGAUGAGUAUAUCAUCUAGGUAAACAAAGACAUACUGGUUUAUCAUGUCUCUGAGAACAUCAUUAAUCAGAGCCUGGAAGACGGCAGGGGCAUUGGUGAGGCCAAACGGCAUUACGAGGUACUCGUAGUGUCCGGUAGGGGUGUUGAAUGCUGUCUUCCAUUCAUCUCCUUCUCUGAUGCGGACAAGGUGGUAGGCGUUGCGUAGGUCGAGUUUGGAGAAAAUGGUGGCCCCCUGGAGCAGUUCAAAGGCAGUGGACAUGAGUGGCAGUGGGUAACGGUUCUUUACCGUGAUCUCAUUCAGUCCUCUAUAAUCAAUGCAAGGUCUCAAUGUCUUGUCCUUCUUCUCAACAAAGAAAAACCCUGCUCCAGCAGGGGAUGAAGAGGGACGAAUGAUGCCUGCGGCCAAGGAGUCAUUUAUGUACGUCUCCAUGGCCCUUCUUUCGGGUUCAGACAGGGAGUACAGGCGACCCUUGGGAGGUGAUGAACCAGGCAGGAGAUCAAUGACGCAAUCAUAGGGUCGGCGUGGAGGCAGAGAGGUGGCUCUGGCUUUGCUGAAGACCUGGCGGAAGUCAUGGUACUCGGGUGGCACCCCACUGAGGUCAGGUGACGAACUGGAGCUACACCCAGAGGGAUGAAGCGGAACUGAGGCUUGCUGCAGGCACCUCUGAUGACAGGAGGAACUCCACUCCCGGAUGGUCCCAGUUGCCCAGUCGAUGUGAGGAUUGUGAAGACGGAGCCAUGGAUAUCCCAGGAUAAGUGGCAGGCAGGAAGAGCUCAGGAUGUGAAACUGGACGGUUUCAUGAUGGUUACCAGACAGUAGCAGGUGAACAGGAGAGGUCUGAUGCGUGACGGUGCCCAGGACAUGUCCAUCUAAGGCUCGAGCAGGAACCGGGUGAGGCAAAGGAACCCGCUCAAGCCCCAGCUGAAGGACCACCUCCUCGUCAAUGAUGCUGGCAUCAGCCCCGGAGUCAAUGAAGAUAGCCAAGGUGUGGGGGCCAUCUGGAAGAAGGAGGCGGCCUUGGAGCAGGGGUUGCUGGCUUUGGGGAGGUGACAGGGUAGUUGAGCUCACCAGGGUCUCCCCAACUACUGAUGAGCUCUGGCUUUUGCUGGACAGCCGGAGAUGUAGUGUCCCGCUGCCCCACAAUAGAGGCAGAGAUUAGACCCCAUAGUCUAGAGUCAGGCAUGAGAGCGAAGACAAUCUGGCAAAGAGUGAGGGGAAAGAAGCUGCAUAUAUACUGGCCUGAUUGGAGAUGAUGAGCAGGUGAGAGCAGCAGGUGGAAGCAGUUAGCUGAUGAGGGGUGUGGCUGAGCAGCAGAGCAGGAGAGGGGCAGAGCAGACUGUUACAGACAGAUAGAUGCUCAUUGGCUAAAAACAGACAAAUGGAGGUAACCGCCAUUCUAUAUUCUACUGGUUUAUUAAUUAACAUGAAACUAAUUAAAACACAAAACAGAUUACAGUCCUGCGUUUAUGUACAAGAGAGAUUAGACUUGCGUCGACGCUCUCUCUCUUCCAGGGAGAGAGAGGUGCGGCCCAACUGCAUGGGCUCUGGAUCCUCAAACUGCUGACCCAGUGGGGUGGAGUUGGGUGCAGCAGCACCCCCACGGGAGCGAGGUAGACGAGAAUGUUGGGUUCCUCCUUGACGCUUCUCUCGUCGACGAGUCUGAACACGAAGGUCGAUGCGGACGGCCAAGUCAAUCACCCUGUCCAAGGUGAGGGAGGUGUCAUGUGAAACCAGUUCAUCUUUAAUGUAAUCUGCCAACCCAUGGAGAAAGGCAUCACGGAGAGCUGCACUGUUCCAUGCACUUUGGCUGGCUCUGGUGCGGAAAUCAAUGGAAUAGUCAGCCACUGUUCGUUCGCCUUGCUUCAGUCCCAUCAGUCCCCUUGCCAAAUCAGAACCAGAAUUCUCAAACCCAAAAACCUUCCGAAGCUCGGCAGCAAACAGGUCAAAGGAAACACAGGCUGGAGACCGCCUCUCCCACUCAGCUGUUCCCCAUAGUCUAGCUCUGCCUGUCAGGUGGUUGAUGACAAACGCUACCUUCGCCGGUUCUGUGGCGAAGGUGCGGGGCUGUAGGGCAAACAGGAGAGAACAGUUGGUGAGGAAGGGGCCGCAAGUCUCUCGAUCUCCAUCAUAACGCUCUGGGGUUCCCACCCGUGGCUCAGGAGCAUCGCUGGGUAGAGAAGAGGCGGGUACAGGUGCAGGAGCAGAAGGUGAAGCUUCUGAAGAAAAGGCAGAUCCAGCAGAUGAGGGGAGCUGGGUCAGUUGAGCUGCUAGCUGUUGCAUCUGUGCGGCUAACGCUGCAAGUGAUUGUCCCUGAGUCUCAGCAGCUCGUCUGGCUUCAGCAGCAGCUGCAGUCAUCAUGGCCUCAUGUUGCUGCAGAACACCCUCAAUUCUCUCAAGGCGAUUCAGUGGUGAGGGAUUGUGUGCUGGGUCCAUAGUUUUGGCCAGAUUGUACUGUAACGGGUAUUGACUGGACCCAAUUGCAGCACAAACAAGCAGGUUCACUUUAACAACAGUCUUUAUUGAACACCAAAUCCAAUGAAGCAGCAGAGUAUAGCAGGUGGGUAUGGCAGGAUUCGAACUUGGGUCUUUCGGGUGAUAGGCGAGCAGGUUAGCAGUGGACCACAGGUCAGGCAAGAGUUUUGGACUCGUGAGCAGGGAAUUGUCCACAGUCUUAAUUUGCUCCACGAGUGUAGUGAAGGGGAAAACGCUCAACUCACAGCUGGAGGAAGAUUUCUUGGAAAGUGGUUCAGGUGAGGACUGGGUGAGGAUCCAGAGCUUGCAGAGGAGCUGGCAGAACCAACGUCGGCAGAGGAGGUGAGUUGGCGAGGUGAAGCUGACGAGAAGGGGGAUCUCAACAGAGCAGGAACAGGCUGAGUGCCAUUCAGCCGCAGGCAGACGAAUAGCAGGAAACAGGCAGGCAAAGCUCGUAGUCAAGGACAGAAGGCAGGUAGGUUUACCGGGGCUGAGGCGAGAAGCAAAGGUCAGGGGCAGAUCAGGUCGAUACCAGGUAAGCAGUCCGGGAAUUAACGCUGGAGAGUCAGGCAUGAGAGCGAAGACAAUCUGGCAAAGAGUGAGGGGAAAGAAGCUGCAUAUAUACUGGCCUGAUUGGAGAUGAUGAGCAGGUGAGAGCAGCAGGUGGAAGCAGUUAGCUGAUGAGGGGUGUGGCUGAGCAGCAGAGCAGGAGAGGGGCAGAGCAGACUGUUACAGACAGAUAGAUGCUCAUUGGCUAAAAACAGACAAAUGGAGGUAACCGCCAUUCUAUAUUCUACUGGUUUAUUAAUUAACAUGAAACUAAUUAAAACACAAAACAGAUUACAGUCCUGCGUUUAUGUACAAGACAGAGUCAUCUGUAUAAAGAUUGAUAUCAUGAAGAUGUACAAUGAACGCAGGUUUAACCCCCGACCUCCACCUUCAUCCUGAUCGUCUACUAAAAGGUCGUAUCCUCCGAUCAUAGCCGAUCGUAACCAUUCAAGUUAACGUGUCAAUUUACACCGACUGUCACUUCUCAAAAUCGCCACCGUUCCAGAUACGGUGGAAAUCUUGCGUUAGACACCUGCGCAUGACAUCCAAGUCAAAGUGCCAAUAAAGUCUUCUGAAAGUGUCUGACCUGUGCAAACAUCAAACCUGCGAUCAUCAAGUUUGGAUGUUUUGUUUCAGAUCAGGAAGUCGAUCAUGCUGACACGCCAAACGGAAACACAACAGAGCCGACCAUCGACGGAGAGGAGACGAGCGUCGCUGUGACCAGGAAGACCAAGAAGAAAAAGUCAGUACCAGCAGGAGUAAAACCGCGGUCUGAGGGUUUAGAUGUUGAUUGGAUGGAGGUGCUGAAGUUUUACAAACCAUCCUGAGGGGACCGUCAACAUCCAAACAACAUGUCUCUAACAGUUCUCGUGGUUUUCUGUCUCAUAUCAGGAAGGCGAAGGCGACGGAGCAUUACAGCAACGACCUCGGCGCUGAAGAGGAUGAUAUCGUGGCGGGCUCCCAGUCCCCGAUCCCCCAGCAUUCCCUGUUCUCAGCCCCGCAUGGACAGAGUCAGCCGGUGGGGAAGGUGUUCGUGGAGAGAAACAGUGAGUGUGAAUCAGGUUUAGUUCACACCAAGGAAACAGAAAAAUGGACGCUGGUCGCCCUCGUCUUGCGUUCACAUCCUCCCUGCAGUUUCACACGUAACCCUGAGAGACGUGGUGAGAUGAUCAGGUGGGAGAGUCUUUGAGCGUGUGCCAGGCUUUACCAGAGUUAACUUAAGAAACCGUUGGCACCUCCCUGUCAGCUAUUUGGGUCACCUGCAGCUUGGCCUCACCUGACCGUUAAAGUCCCUUUAGUCUCCCUGAGUGUUGAGUUAGACCUGGACCACGACCACGAGGAAGAUCAGCUGCUAAAGUCUCAGAUCAGCUGAUUCAUGUUUCAAAGAAUUACAGAAAAUCAUGAAUCCAAACCCAGACAGAAACGAACAUCUGUUCGUGUUUUUUAGGGCGUUUCCAGGCGGAGCGUGUGGAUCACCUCCGACACUCGGAGAUGAUGGACGACUACAUGGACCCCAGACCGCUCUGGACCACCAGAGACGUGGCCAUGAAGGUCCACAGCAGCUUCAGGUCUGCACUCAAACAUGUUAACAGGUUCCUUCACACAGCGAGAUGUUAUGUUGAAAACAGUCCAGCCUGAAGACUCCGUUAAAGGUGAUGUAGUCAGGAUCUGAGGAAGUUCCAGUUUUUAGGAGAAAUUUUGAAUAUGAACUCUAAUAAUUACAAUAGAGGAAAAGGUGGAGCUAAAGAGGAGGGAGGCGGGGUCAGAAAACACCAGCUUACCUGAACCUGACAGUCAGCAGCACCUCCAGGUGAAAAAAUCGAGUUAACCCUGGUGGAGUGAGGAUCAGGAUCUGAUUUAGGCUUUUCAUCACGGCUCAGGACAGUUUUGCGUUUACAGUCCAGCCUGUGUGAGUUUGGGAUUUCUAACCGUCAUGGCGGCUUCGUGUCCGAGUCGAUGGUUUCACUGAGCCGCGCUCUCCCUCUCCCUAUCUCUCUCUCUGCAGGGUGAUUGGCCUGUUCUCUCACGGCUUCCUGGCAGGUUACGCCGUGUGGAACAUCAUAGUCGUGUACGUGUUGGCGGGCGAGCAGAUGACCACGCUGCCCAACCUGCUGAACCAGUACCACCCACUGGCCUACCCCGCCCAGUCCCUGCUGUACCUGCUGCUCGCCAUCAGCACCGUGUCCGCCUUCGACAGGUCGGUGACUCUGCGUGAUCGAAUCUUCAUAACACGUAUUCAGACCCUGUUGUGCACGCCGUCUAAAAUGACAGUCACGAAUGUUCACUUCCUCUUCCUGUCCUGCAGAGUGAAUCUGGCCAAAGCCUCCAUGGCUCUGAGAGGCUUCCUGACCCUCGACCCCGCUGCUCUGGCCUCUUUCUGUGAGUCCGAACACUCUGAGACCCGAUGAUGAUGAUGAUGAUGAUGAUGGUAACUAUGACCUCUAAUAACCUCUCUCUCUGUCUCUGUGUUCAGUAUAUUUCAUCGCCCUGAUCCUCUCCCUCAGUCAGCAGAUGACCAGCGAUCGUAUCAACCUCUACCCGACAGCCAAUGAGACUCUGUGGUGAGCACCAGCUGCAUGUCCGUCUCUUUUCGACUCUUUUCUGUGGUUAUUUUAUUAACCUGUACGAACCCUGGCUCCCUUCAGGCCUCCAGGCUCAGAGCAGCAGAUCCUGCGGCCGUGGAUCGUGGUGAACCUGGUGGUGGCGCUGUUGGUGGGCAUGGCGUGGGCUGUCGUCUCCACGCGGCCUGACAUCGACUACACAGAAGGUUUGAAACGUUUUGAGGCGAUAACAGAGCUGCCAAGCAUCACGUUUUGAGUGACAGUAACGCAUUUUGACCCGUUUUUCACACGCCACACUUGACAUUAUCACGUUAAUUUUUCCCCGUUCAAAACUCUGUAUUUAUAUUUUUCAUGAUAAUAAACUAAUUUGCUUGCCGUAGUUUGAGUAACUUUGAUUGGCUAACUGAGAUAACCAAUCUCAGACCAAUCCAUCAGUCCUUUGUGCCUAAAUCUAACCAACCACAGAAGGCGCCAUGCAAUAUCAACCAAUCAGAAGGGACGUAAGGCGGGUCUUAGCGUCUCUGACUAUCUUUCACACACAACAGCGCCGACAUUUAAAACCCCUCAACUACCUAAUUUUGAUCAUACAAAAUUAUUGCUAAUGAGUUCAGUUUUUAAAUAUUUUUAUUAGUUUGAUGUCGUCAUAGGACAAAUAUUUCUGUUUUAAGGUACAAAUCGACGUUAAAAAAGGGUCACAUUUUUUUCGCUGCACACAGGUCGGCGCAUCAUAACGCUAAAGUCUCACUCUUGUCAUUUUCUGAAACUUGGCAGCCCUGAGAUAAUAAUUUAAUAUCUUUAAAAACACUUAUUUAGUACAAGCUGUUCUUCCCUUUCAAAAUAAAAGCUCAGUGAAAACAAAAAGUGCAAUUCUACUUUCACACAUUUACAACGUUUUCCUUUAAAUAUUAUGAAAAUAUUCUAAAGCGUUACAUCUUCAUAGAUAGGCUUUUUAACAAGUUUAAAUGUCCCAUUAUAAAUACAUAAAAAAUAUCAGUUAAUGUGAAUGAAAUGUUUAAAUUAAAGGAGACAGUUUAAUUGACCUGAAGCUGACUUAAGGCAGAGGUCUUGUUAAUCCCCCUAACACACACACACUGAAAGUACGGUUAGUUUAUAUUUAUGGUGUACAGGUGUGUAAUACAUAUAUAAGUGUUUUAUAUACUAAUCUGAGGGUUUCGGUGUUCUCUGCAGAGUUUCUGAUGACCAUGGAGGUGGAGUCUUACCCCAGAGGAGAGGAGAACGUGGAUAACCCCGCCUGA